AUGUCCAAAGAAAAUACAUCCGUCACGGUCGAGGAGGUCGCGGCCGUCGGCCACGGCGACCCUGUGCUGGCCCGCAAGCUGCGCCUUAUCAAUGAUGCCAUUGACGAGAUUGGCUUCACGUGGUACCAUUUCCAGCUAUUCUGCAUCGCUGGCUACGGCUACGCGGUGGACUCGCAGCUGGAGCUCAUCCAGUCGUCGGUGCAUUCGUACGUUGCGCUGCAGUUCGGCGCAGACUACCCCACAGAUACCCAGACCACGUACGUGGGGUACGUUCUGGGCGCGCUUUUCUGGGGUUUUGGCGGCGACCUAAUCGGCAGAAAGCUCGCGUUCAACACGUCGCUGAUACUCGCAGCGCUGCUGGGCUUUGCUACCGGCGGCAUGAACUCGUUUGCCACGUACUGCAUUUUCAACGCGCUGGCCAACUUCUGUGCCGGCGGCAACCUCGUCAUGGACGUCACCGUGUUCAUGGAGUAUGUGCCGUUCAAGUGGCAGUUUCUCAACACCAUGAUGGCUAUGUGGUGGGGAAUCGGACAGACGGUGAAUAAUCUUGUUUGCUGGGGGUUUCUGCCCAACUAUAGCAGCGGCUGGCGGUACGUGUGGUACACCAACAGCGGGAUUAUUCUCUUUUGCGGCCUGCUACGGCUUUUUGUGCUGCGGCUGGACGAAACUCCGAAAUUUCUGGUGUCGACCGGCCGCGACGACGAGGCCGUGCAAGCCCUGCAGAGAAUUGCCCGCAAGUACAACCGUCCGUGCUCGCUCACGCUGGACCAGCUGCAGGCGUGCGGCGAGCUUUGCUCAGAUUACUACUCGCCACAGCAGGGCUGGCAGCCGGCCAAAAUGCUUGCUGCCGUGAAGGAACACGUGCGGAUCCUGUACCAGAACAAGAUCGUCGCCUACUCCACCACGUCGCUCAUGCUCUCGUACCUGCUUGUUGGCUUCUCGUCCAGCAUCUUCUACAAUUUCCUCUACAUCUACAUCCAGUCGCACGGCGGCAACACGGCGGCGCCAAGCCACAUCGUGUACAGAAACUCGACUCUGUCGUAUAUGACGGCGAUUUUCGGGCCAAUCUUCUCGGCAGUGCUCGUGAGAGCUUUCGGCAGACGCUACACCAUGCUGUUUGGCGGCGUGGCCACCAUGGCCAUCAUGUUUGGGUACACGACCGUGCGCACGCCGGCCGGCGACGCUGGCUUUUCGUCUGCUACCAAUUUCUUCAUGAACGUGUACUACGGCUGUCUCUACGCGUACGCGACAGAGAUCUUUCCGGCACAGGCGCGCGGCACAGGAAUGGGGCUGGCGUCUGUCCUGGGCGCCAUCGGGGGUGCCCUGUCCCCUGUGGCCUACCAUUUCGGCGAGAGUUCUGGCACCUCAGUUCCUAUCUGGCUGGCGGGCGCGCUUUUUGGCGUGCUUGGCAUUUUGGCGGCGUUUUACCCAUUUGAGCCUUCUGGCAAGGGCCUGAACCUGGUGCGGCUAGGAAAUAGAAGUGAGGUAAUUUAA